GUGGUCACGCGGAGAGGGGGCGGGGCUUACCCGCCAUCCCGUCCCUCUCCGCGAGUCCCAAGAUGGCGGCGGGUGGUGCUGUUCGUGGCGUGGGGCGCCGCUCGCGGAGGUUGUUCGAUAUCUUCGUGGCCGACGUUCCCUGGACGGUGUCGAGCCGGGAGCUGAAGGAAUACUUCUCGCAGUUCGGGGCCGUGCAGAGGUGCCAGCUGCCCUUCGAUAGAGACACAGGCUUUCACAGGCGUUACUGCUGGAUUAAAUUCUCAACUCCAGAAGAUGUUCAGAAUGUGUUGCAGAAGGACUCCCACAUACUUGAAGGUGCCAAGCUUGUUCUCAGGGAGCAGUCCCGGAGAAGACACAGUCAACAAAAGAAUCCAAGUGAGUGAGCAGUGGAAGGAGGCUUUAUUUCACUAAAUGUACAGAAACUGAAAUUAAGUUUACUGAGAAACUUAUGUUUUAAAACAGAAUCCAGCUGUUUCCCCUCAUUGUUCAAAUAAACUGCUUAACCACACUAAAGAAAUGCUGAAUCAUAAACUCCAUAGCAUCCAUUACAGCAUAAGACAGUGAUUAUAUACAGCAGGAAAACAGAUGAAAUAGAAGCAUUAGCUGCCUACAAAAAAUAAAGCUGUAGGAGGGGGCUACAUUCUUACCCUGAGAUGCUGGGCAGAGAAUUAGCUAAGUUGGAGCACUUGCUAAAGAAUAAUUCCUCCGUGAAGUGUUCCAAACUGGUCUCCGUUCCUCCACUCCACGGCUAGAAGAAUUAGUGUGUGUAUAUACAUAUCUCUCCACACAAAACAAAGGGUUGUCAACUGUUGUAUUACAACACUGUCCCCCGUAAACACCACUGAUAUUAAAAAUGCCUGUUGCAUAAA